CCGCUCACUCCACUCACGAGCAAUGAGCAGCGAACUGCCGCCGGCGGCGGCGACUGCGCCAGCGAAACCUCCGUUGAUCCCCGCUGCCGCCGCCACCACCACCACCACCCUCGCCACCGCUGGCGACGGAACCACAACCAUAUCCUCGCUCGGCCAAGACCAGCUCCUCGAGAUCUUCCUCCGGCUGCCGAACCUGCCGGCCCUCGUCCGCGCCGCGCUCACCUGCCGCUCGUGGCUCGGCGCCGUCCGCUCCUCCCGGCGCUUCCGCCGCCUCUUCCGCGCCCUCCACCCGGCGCCCCUCCUCGGGAUCUUUCUCGAGGUCGACAACACCACCGCCCCCUCCUUCGCCCCCCUGCGCCGCUCAGAUCCGGACGUCUCCGCCGCCCUCCACCGCGGCGACUUCUUCCUCACCUCCCUCCCGCCGGACGACGGCGCGCGCACGUGCUGGACCGUCACGGACUGCCGCGACGGCUACAUCCUCAUGUGGAACUCGCUCUGGGCCGUGGCCGCGGUGAAUCCCAUGACCUGGGCUGCGGACAUCAUCUCGCUGCCCGACGAUGUCGCGGUCGGGAGCCUCACCGGCUUCGUUUUCCUUGGCUUCCAUCUGCUGUGUCCCGAGGGGAGCUCCAGGUCGUUCGGCGUGGUCUGCGUCGGCGCCGACGUGUCUAGGGUUCGCGCCGCCGUCUUCUCGUCGGCGACGAGGGAUUGGGUCGUCCACCCGUGGGUGGAAAUCGGCGGUGAGUACGGCCUAAAUUACGGUGCUGGGGCGCUGGUGAAUGGCUCUGUUUACUGCCCUUUCUAUGAGGACAGACGUGUGAUUAGGAUAAACACAGCCACCAUGGAUGUCUCCUCUCUGGAUCUGCCCUCAUUACCCUCAUGGAUAAUUGAUUACGGGCAGGUCGAUUUCAUCGUUGGGGACACUAAGGAUGGAGAGCUCUGCAUGCUAUAUGCAUCUGAUGAUUUUCACCUCCAUGUUUGGAUCCGUGGUGUGGACGGUGAUGGAAUUGGGGUUUGGGUGCAGCAGCUCAUACCCUCUUUGAGCGCACAGAUUGAGCGGACGACCGGGGAAUCGGAGGGCAAACUCAGAGUUGUGCAAGCUAGGUCUGGAUGUGUGUACUUGUACAUGACAUGCAUAACCCCUGCUGGCAGACAACGCAGCUGGUUAUUCUACCAUUCAUUGGGGACCACGGAGGUUGAGUUACUGAUCCAUGGGACAUUUCAUGACCGUGCCUAUCCGUAUAUUAUGGCCUGGCCUCCGUGUUUGAUUGGUGAUGAUGAGGGCACUGGGCAUGAAGUUGAAGGUUCUCACUGAAAUCUGCAGCUGUUCGUCGUAUGCGGAAAUGAAUGUAAAGUUGUCGCAACAGCAGCAGCAGCAGCAGCAUGGGAGAUUUACGUGUAAGCUGCAAGGUUGUCGUGCUCGGUGUCGAACGCAUUCAUGUUGACUGAUCAUGGAAAGUUGGGAAUCAAAUCAUGCAUUUGAUUUGAUUGGUUUGUAUGAAGAAUGUAUUGCCAGAUUGUCUCAGGUAGUGAGUGGUCAAUGCUUAGAUGAUAUAGUGAGCCUGCUGCUUUGCCAAAUAUCAUGAAUCGUGUAAUCUACUGUCGUUUCAGAACAUUCGGUUAUAUAGCAAGUUCAAGCUUCAGUA